GCAUAACUCAACAAAAACGUUCGCCUGACAAAUGGCGUCUCUCCAGUGCGUCGCGCGGAGCAGCUGAUUUUCCCCGUGUAGUUGCUAGGCAUUUUCAAGGGCCAGGGGUGACCUUCACAGAGAGAGAGAUUAGGAGGAGUUUGACACCACGCUGAGUCCACCAGGCCGGUGGCCCUUGGCCCUCAGACCAGUAUGGCGCACACACAUGAACGGACACUAUUAUGCACACGGCCAAACAUGCAGGCUGCAUGAGAAUGAGGCCUCUUGGUUAUGGUGCAUUUGAUGAACUCAAUCAGAAGACUAUUCCUUCAUCUGCUCGUGUUGAAUAACUAAUGCAGCGUGGACAGCAUUUAGCACGCUCUGUGCCAGGCAAGAUGACCACAGCCAGGUAUCGGCCCACCUGGGACCUGGCACUGGACCCGCUGGUCUCCUGCAAACUGUGCCUUGGAGAGUUUCCCCUGGAGCAGAUGACCACCAUCACUCAGUGUCAAUGUGUCUUCUGUACACUGUGCCUGAAGCAGUAUGUGGAACUCCUUAUCAAAGAGGGGCUCGAAACUGCUAUUAGCUGUCCAGACUCUGCCUGUCCAGAAAGAGGACACUUACUGGAAAAUGAGAUCGAGUGCAUGGUGGCUUCAGAGGUUAUGCAGAGACACAAGAAGCUACAGUUUGAAAGGGAGGUGCUUCUGGACCCGUGUCUGAUGUGGUGCCCGUCGUCGUCGUGCCAGGCAGUGUGCCAGUUGAAGGAGACUGAGGUGGCGCUGCCCCAGCUGGUGCAGUGUGCCAUGUGCACCCUGGAGUUCUGCUCAGCCUGCAAGGCUAACUGGCACCCCGGGCAGGCCUGCCCACCACCGGAGAACAACCUACCCAUCACUGCCUUCCUACCUGGAGAGACCAGCUCCUUUUACAAGAGUGACGACGAUGACGGUCCCAUCAAGCGCUGUCCCAAGUGUAAGGUGUACAUCGAGAGAGACGAGGGCUGUGCCCAGAUGAUGUGCAAGAACUGCAAACAUGCCUUCUGCUGGUACUGCCUGGAGUCACUGGACGAUGACUUCCUCCUGAUCCACUUUGACAAAGGACCCUGUCGAAACAAACUAGGCCACUCCAGGUCGUCUGUCAUCUGGCACAGAACACAGGUGGUGGGGAUCUUCGCUGGCUUUGGCCUGCUCCUGCUGGUGGCCUCUCCCUUCCUCCUCCUGGCCACACCAUUCAUCCUCUGCUGCAAGUGCAAGUGCAGCAAAGGAGAUGAUGACCCCUUUCCCACCUAAACCUCACCCCACCAACACAGGCGGGUGAAGAGUCCCCCCCCCUCCCCCGCCAUGGACCAUUUUUUUUCUUUUUUUUCCUCUAUUGCCUCCCUCCAACCUUGGAGUGCUGCUUUAUUUAAUGAGACUUGGGCCUAGCCACUUCCCAAUCCAUCACUCCACAGUGUCAUGGUGGGAGUGGAGAAGGAGUUGACCCCAUGCCCACUGGCCUGGUAGAUGAGGUCAAAGGUCACAGGUCAGACUUUGGGGAGGACAAUGAUGCCCCUCUGUGUGGAUUUGGGGGCUUGUGUAAGUAUACUGUAGCAGGGCCACUCUGAGGCCUCUGCUGUGCUUCAGGCAGUACAAGACAAGAGGAGGGUGUUUUAUCAAGAUGAAGGAUAAACACAUUAGGAUGUCUUGGUCAUGGUUGGGCUCAAUUCUAAUUGAAGGCAGUCCAUUCAGGAAUUAAACUAAAAUUAAAUAAUUGAUAAAAUUGCAUUUAUUUUAAAUGACUUCUCAAUAAACGUAACUGUAAACUUUUUAUUUCAAAAGUUUUUACAUUUCAGAAUUUACAUUUCUUCCAUGAAUUGACUGCCUUCAAUUUGAGUUGAGCCUCCCUGUUCUAGAUCCUCUCCUCGGGACAUUUUCAUGCAGGAACAGCUUGGAUCGGAGGACCUUUCACUUGAACUCACUUUUAAUCAAGUUUUGUUCAUUUGUCAAACACAAAGCUCCCCCCACUCUCUGUGUAGCUGUCAACAUACAGGAAGUAGCACUCUCUGUGUAGCUGUCAACAUACAGGAAGUAGCACUCUGUGUAGCUGUCAACAUACAGGAAGUAGCACUCUAUGUAGCUGUCAACAUACAGGAAGUGGCACUCUCUGUGUAGCUGUCAACAUACAGGAAGUGGCACUCUCUGUGUAGCUGUCAACAUACAGGAAGUAGCACUCUCUGUGUAGCUGUCAACAUACAGGAAGUAGCACUCUCUGUGUAGCUGUCAACAUACAGGAAGUAGCACUCUCUGUGUAGCUGUCAACAUACAGGAAGUAGCACUCUCUGUGUAGCUGUCAACAUACAGGAAGUAGCACUCUCUGUGUAGCUGUCAACAUACAGGAAGUAGCACUGGAGUUACGUGAUGACCCACGUUUUGUGUUCACUCUGUUUGCACAUGAGACUCCCGUUUGUCACUUUAAGGACCGGGGUGGGAGUUGGGACGUUUUCUCUCUCACUCCCCUGUACAGCACGUUCUCUUGUUGAUGUCAGUGUUUUUGUAAUCUUUCGCUCUGUUCCAACUAUCAGCAAGAAAGUAUUAAUUUUACAAACUGAAUUUGAACUCUUAUGUGUCUACAGGUAUUUGUGACGGUGUCCCAAACUCACUCUCACGUCCCAAUAAGAUGAUCAUGGGCCUGUAUUCACACAGUCUCAGAGUAGGACUGCUGAUCUAGGAAAGACUAAACGAAUCCUAGGUUAGCAUUCUUACUCUGAAACACUUUGUGAAUACAGGCCCUGAUCCUUAGUGUCGUCAUCCACACAGACGGAAACAAACCAUUUGGAAUCAACAGAAGCGACUUCUGUUGUCAAAUGGAAUACCUGAAUAUAGAUGUCCUGCCGUUUUCAUUCCGAGUUCCUCUGAACCCAGAUAAUCAUAUUGCUUAGCCAAAUAGAACAAAUGGUUUUGAAAUAAAUUAGAAAAGUAGCCAAAAAGCCACAUUUUAGUUUCCUGAAGAAAAAAAAACAUGGCUUUUGUCCAGUUCCGUCCUUGUGAAAGCACACUUAAAUAAUGAAUUUGUUUAAUGCAUCACAAUCAGUCAUUAAAACCUGUGUAUUGUCAGGUAGAACAUAAGAGAUGAAUUCAUGUCUCUGAUACAAAGAUGUCUCUUCAUAUCAUCCAUAUCACAUUGAUGUUGGUCAUAUAUAUCCAACUACUGUAAUGAACAAUAAUCCUAUACAAAUGUUUUUUGUUGUGUGAACUAGUGGAAAACUUGCAUAUGUUAGUGGUAUGGUUGUCAAUGUUUUCAUUGGGAGAAAGUCGAGAGCUCACUCUCUCUACAUGCAGCUAACCUUUGCAGGGCUAUCAAAAUGUCAAGAACUUCACUAGACUGUUUUGGACACAUCCCAAAGCUGCUCUACACAUCACUGUAUCUAUGCAAGUUUGUGCGUUUCCAAUCUUACUAGGUCUUGCUAAUAGUGUGGUCAUAUCAAGUGGUCCAGUAUGUUAUACCAGCUUCCCUGUGCCAUCUCUUCAUACGGUAGUGUUUUACAAUAGGGGGGUUGACUUGCAUCAGAUGUAACAUGGGUUUGAUUUGAGCUAUCUGAGAAGCCAUACAUGAGUUAAUCACAGUCAUUUGUCCUCAUGUUGUUCCAUUAGACUGUGUGCUGAGGAUGCAUGUAGCUACACCGUUUCUCACUCAAACACAUGUAAAAGGGCAAUCUGCUGCAUCCAUUUUUUGACUUUUAAAUUCAUAAUAUAUAGCCAUUGAUUCAUGAAGAAUAUAACGGUCUCAUGAGCUGUAUAAACCCAUUAGAAACCAAACUAUAAGCUUGUUUUACUCAUUUUAAACACUAAUAAUUCUAUAGCCUCAAAAUGGUUAACUAUACUUUUGAUAUUUAAUGGAUGGUCAGUCCUUGCAUCCAUAGCUGUUUUAUGAAUUUCUACAUCUAUUGUUUACCAAAACAGUGGCAGGGUGCCCACUCUUUUUAUUGCUUGAACUGAAGAUUGUCCCUAAACUCAAGAGAUGAGUCAUUAUCAUUCGGUCCAUCAGUUAGCUACUUUGGAACACAUACAGAAUACUGAGAAACUCUUCAGAAGUCCUUGAUUUUUAAUGUUGCUCUCCUCGUAGCAUUCAAAUAGGGGCUAUGGCAGUUAAUGGAACUAUCAGCAAUCACCUUACCUCAUGUAGCCAUUCCUUUAAAAACAAACAUGACGUUAGCCUAAAUGUUUGAAUACCUCGCCUGUAGCCUCAUUUUCUUCUAACCCUUAAUGCAUCAAAGCCUGUUUCAACUGGACAUGUGGAUCACUGAGCUGACCAUGUCGUUGUAUGACAAUCGUGCCAAGAAGGUCUCUCGUGUGUGUGUGGCAAUGGUGAAAUUGAAUGGUGUAGAGUGAAUAGUUUGAAGCGUCUUGAGAAUUUUAAAAAUAAAAUCUGCGAUCUUGUUUCCGUAUGGUGUGGGUGUUAUAUUGGAGGUUGAGCCUUAGAAUACUCUAUGGUGUGACGUGUACUAUUGUUUUGGUUUUCAAGAUGUAGUAUGUUCAUUAAAUACUGUAGUUUUUCUGGAAUUGUUUAGUUUUUUUGAAUGGGUUUGGAGAUCAGAAGAAAUGUAGACGCUAUUUCCAGAUUUCCUCAACUCGGAUACUUGGAAGGAUGACAUUGCAGGACUAUAGUAAAUGGAAGGAUGGCAUUGCAGGACUAUAGGAAAUGGAAGGAUGGCACUGCAGGACUAUAGGAAAUGGAAGGAUGACAUUGCAGGACUAUAGGGAAUGGAAGGAUGACAUUGCAGGACUAUAGGAAAUGGAAGGAUGGCAUUGCAGGACUAUAGGAAAUGGAAGGAUGGCAUUGCAGGACUAUAGGAAAUGGAAGGAUGGCAUUGCAGGACUAUAGGAAAUGGAAGGAUGGCAUUGCAGGACUAUAGGAAAUGGAAGGAUGGCAUUGCAGGACUAUAGGAAAUGGAAGGAUGACAUUGCAGGACUAUAGGAAAUGGAAGGAUGACAUUGCAGGACUAUAGGAAAUGGAAGGAUGACAUUGCAGGACUAUAGGAAAUGGAAGGAUGACAUCGCAGGACUAUAGGAAAUGGAAGGAUGACAUUGCAGGACUAUAGGAAAUGGAAGGAUGACAUUGCAGGACUAUAGGAAAUGGAAGGAUGACAUUGCAGGACUAUAGGAAAUGUAACACUCAACUUGUUUCCACUUCUCUUAUCAUCCAUUUGGUAUAGUUGGGAUGUUGAGCUUAGAAGAAAUCCUGAAUAUUUGUCCUCUUACUCAACUGAUUUAGGUUGCUGGCUUUUCAUAUGGUUACACAGUAUCUACCAAUCAAACUCCAAGGACCGGUCACCCUGACGUGAUGUCAUGCAUGUUGCACAAUUAUUUUCUAAGAUUUGAUACUUCUAUUGCUUUGUCCACAUUUCUACUGAGAUGUAUUUAGGUUGUCCAAAAAAUUCCAUUGCUCUUGUUUUUAAAAUGCAUGUUGUACUCUACCACUACUAUGCGUUUUAAGAACCCAUACUAUGCCUCUUCAUUUUAGGGACUGAAACAAGUCCUUAAAUUUCUGUCAUGACGUACUCUAUCCUGGCUUUUGAAGUUUGCCUUUUACACUUAAGACACUGUAUGUAGGUUGCCUUUGUGUUAUACUUGUUCUGUUGGCUUUGAUGCAGUUAAUCUUACAUUUAAUUACUUUCAACUAUUUUCAACUUUUCAAAAGAUGGUACCUUGUAAAUUGGCAUGUGAGGAUGUCCUUCCAUAAACCAACAUUGUACUUCUGCCAUGUAUCUACAGUUUCACUGACACUGUGACAUGGAAUAAAUGUGGUUGUUUUUUGUGA